AUAAUGCAAUAUAUAAUGUAUAUAAUGUAAUAUAAUAUCAUGUAAUAUAAUGCAAUAUAAUGUGUAGCAAUAUCGGCUACACUUGUAGAUAAAAAAUAUUCUAACAAGCGGUGCAGAAAGUUUGGAAAAUUGCCAAAUGCAAAACAAACAAACCGCGGGUGAAAUUACGGGGAAUGCGUUGAAAAACUUAUAAUGUUGUUGUUUGUUUUUUAUUUGGCGUCUCUCUGUUGUGUUUUCGGAUGCGCGAAACUGAUCUUUGGCUUAUACCUGUGUAUCGCGCAGCUCUUUCGGUUACAUUUGUUAGAGGUACUAGCAGACAUUUGUUGGCAGCUUCUUCAUCACAACACUGGAUUACACUACUUAUAAUUUCCCUCUCCCCACUAUGUAUUACUUUAUUGUAUCUUGAACAUCCUGCGUCGGGCUCCAUUGUUCACUUCAGACUGAGAGCGUGGCACCUGAUGUUUUUGCUAUGAACCGCAUAGCGGCUGAUGUGCGCGCGCAGCUGCUUCCCCUCUCAUUUACUCUUCCCCGCUUCCCCGCAAAACGACACGCCAAGACGUCGCGGCCCUACAGUACUGAGCGGCAUGGCAACAGUUUGACGCAUAGCGCGUGGUCGAAUGCAGAGCCUCGUUCCAGUGGCUGCCACGUCACGUCAGCCAGUGGGCAACCAGAAUGACUGACUUAAGACUGACUUGGCUAAGGCAGAGGCUUCUGAGCCUUGUUGAUGAAUCAGAUGUGGAACUGUUCGAAAAUAUGUUGAAUCAGGAUGACAGGUCACUGCGAAACCAAAUGGAAGCAUUCUUUGAUGACACUGCACAAAGCAACGAAGACAUACACUCAAAGGUCUUCUUCCUCUACAAGACCUACUAUGACAAAAUGGUUCAAGAAGAAAUUCUAGUACCCCAAGAAGUGAUCAAGACGGCACCCACUGCGAAGUUGAGUGAAUCUGAGUCGGACUCUGCCACACCAACUCCACGGUCUGGAAAGAAGAAGAAGAAGAAACGGGGUGGGAGCGGAAAGAAAGAGAAAGUCGGCAGCCCGAGGGGCGGUCACGAUAAGGUAAAGAAAGAGAAAGUCGGCAGCCCAAAGGGCGGUCGUGAAGAGAAGGGGAAAAAAAGGGGGAAGAAAGGGAAGGGUGCAAAGAAAGAGGCCGCGGAGCAGGGGAGUCCGAGGACUGAGGAUGAGGGGUUUGCGGAGAGCGGGCCAGACGCAGAUGCUAAGGAUGUCUCGGCUGCCAGCCCAGAGGUUGCGGAUGACCACGCAGCACCAGAUGGCCAAGAAGCACCAGAGAGUCAAGUGGCACCAGACCUAGACGUGCAUAACGCUGAAGAGGAUGCCGACCUGGAGACGGGGAAGAUGGCGAGCGACCUCGAAGGCCCUUCAGGCGGGGAAGAGAGCACUAAUCCGGCUUCUUCCAUGACCGCCGAGGACCUGAGCUCUCACUCUGCUGCCGAGGAAGACAAGGGGAGUGCAAAGGGACACAAGAAGAAGAAGAAGAAGAAAAAGACCUCCAAAGAUGACGGCAGUUCGAAGAAAGGCAGUGGCAAGCGGAAGACAAGUCCGAAAUCCAAGCGUAAAGGGAGGAAGAGCCCUCGCACACUGGUGGAACUGGUGACAGAUCCAAGUCAGUCACCCACAGAACUUGAUGAGCAAGAAACUGAAGUUUCAUAUGUCAAGAAAGUAGUGGAGAAGGUGAUUCAAGCUCCGAUGCUAAAUGGCUUCUUUGGCGCCAUGGAGGAAAGCAAAGUCGACCCGUCGCAGAGGUACGUGUACGUGUUGCGAAGCAGCGGACUCAGGGUCCCGUACCAGGAAUCCUGGGAGAAAGCAGUCGAGGAGCUCCCUCAGCAUUUCAUCUUCGGCUCGUGCAGAGGCCACUUGCUGUCGUUUGUGAGGAAUUUCCUGCGGCAGGUGAGUGUGCCGCUGGUGACGGCACAGUUCCGAGAGCCGCUGUUCAGUAGACUGCAGUCGCGGCAAGAGGAUCGAGCGAGACCACCGCAGGAGCAGCGAGGACGACGGGCUUCCUCGCGAGCUUCGCUGUACAAGCCCUCUGACUUCUUCAUCUUGGCCCAGAUGAUUGAGCGGGAGGAACGCCACAUACCUGUGGCGUCCCCCGACUCCUGUUCGCUGGCUGACUGUCCCAUGAAGAGCGACCUCGUGAGCAGCAUAAACAAGUUCCUGAAUAGUGCAGAGUGGGCCUUGAAACACACACAGGAAAACAUUAUCCUGACUGUACCGGCCAUCCCGCAACUGUUUGACCCUAGCCAAGACCUGCAAGCCCUAGCUAAAGAUGCUGCAUUGAUUAAAGAACUGGAGCAAGUGGUGAUGACUUGGGAGGACCACAUCAGUGAAACUAUAGAUGAGAAUAUGCGAAAGAGACCUCUAGGUCCUUAUCCGAUGGAUGAAUUUGAAUUGUGGCAUGAGAAGGAAGGGUCCCUGAGUGGCCUUGUGGAACAGUUGAAGAAUCCAUCCAUUCAACGAAUCUUGACAGUGCUGAACAUGUCGGACUCCCAGAUCCCUCAAGGUUUCCAACAUUUCGAAGACUUGCUUAUAAAACACUACGAAGAGGCACGGGAUAAUGUAAAAUUUCUUCACACUGUUAUUCGGCACUUCAAGACGCUGUUUGAAGCGCAGAGCUUCCAAGAAAUCGGAGAAGUGAUUCCCACCUUGAUGGAAGGGCUGCACAUGAUCUGGAUGCUGUCUCGCUUCUACUCCACGGACGAGAUGAUGACCGGCUUGAUGAAACGGGUUGCGUAUACCCUCUGUUACCAGGUCUCCACUAAUCUCAAUGUAAACCAACUUCUCGUUAACCAAGACUUAAGAAGUGCGUUAAAAGUGAUUAGUGAAGCAAGCAAAAUGCUUGAAACGUGGAAGAAGUCGUACAUGGACAUUCGUCGUAUGAUAGAAGAAAGUGGUAAAGGCCAGCGCUGGGAAUUUGACAGGAAACAACUAUUCCAGACAACAGAUUACAUGCAGAGAGUAUGCGAUCAGCUUUAUGAAGUAUUAAAGGUCACACUCAAUUUCGAAAACAUUUUUGGGCCAGAGCUGAAGGCAAUCGUCACCUUCACUUCGCAAAUUGACACAGCAGCGAAGAAGGUGAAGGAUCUGGUGCAGCCUAUAUUGUCGGCGGACUUUGACAUCUUUUUGGAAGAAAAUGAAGAGAUGUGGCAGGGCCUGGUGACUCAGUUCAACAAGCAAGUGGAAGUGCUGGAGAAGGAAGCUAUGUGGUUCAUCGACGAUUCUUUCAAAAUACUAAGGUCCUCUGAAGAUGCUUUGCAAAUGCUUAUGAAGUUCAAAAAUGUUGAAACUCAGCCUAUGUUAAAAAAUCAAUUGCAGACAAAAUUUGAAGUGAUAAUGGGCCGUUUUUGUCAAGAAAUUGCACAAAUUGAAGAUAAGUUUGAAAAAGGAAAAUCUUCUCCUCCGCUGUUGAGAAAUCAUCCUCCAAUGGCAGGAGCCAUCUUCUGGUGUCAAGCUCUUUUUAAUCAGCUUAAAAAAUUAGUUCUGGAUUUCCAGGAUGCUGAAGAACUUAAAGAUUCAAAGCUGAAAGAAGAAGCAUUUGUGAGGUAUCUGAAACUUGGAAAACAAAUGAAAGCGUUUGAAAAAGAAAAAUAUGAUGGUUGGAAAAAACAAGCACUGAAAGCAAUUGAUGCUACCAUGAACAAACCAGUGCUAAAAGUUGUGAAAUAUGACAGAGAAAGAGAGGUGAAAGUAUUUCAGAAAGCUCUGACACGGAAGGACAGUGUUUGGGCAUCGGCGCGUGUAAAGACUCCUCAGAAAGCAGAGCACCCCAGUCUGCAGCUGGAUAAGAGGAGCUCUACCGGGAGCAGAAGGUCAAAGGUCAGCAGCGUGGCCUCUCUCCCGCCAUUGACGUCUCUCCGAGGAGCUCCGCCGAUGACGAUGAGCAGCGUGGCAAUGGCCAUGAAGUGGGUCGGCAAGGGCAAGGCUGCCCGGUUGUCGCAGAAGGUGUCCUCCUCCAGCCUCUUGUCGGCUUCGAAGUCGGACUCCCCUCCCUCGCUGGCCAGCGAAGUGGUGCUCGUGGAGGAGAACCUACGCUUCCAGGUGAACUUCGACCCGGCGGUCUCCGUCAUCAUCUCGGAGGCGGAGCUGAUGGAGCAGCUCGGGUUCCCGCUGCCCGCAGCCGUGCGGAACCUGUGCGUGCAGAAGGACCGGCUGAACAGCGACCUGGUGGCCUGCCAGACCCUCGUCGGCAACUACAACAAGCUGAUAGACAGCCUCAACAUACCUGAGUUGCAGUUCCUGAGGAAUCAUUUGCUGGAGGUGGAAAAGCACAUCCAGUCUGGGCUGACACGUUUCUCGUGGAACUCUCUGGGAGUGAAGGAAUAUGCGGCACGCUGCCAGCAAGCCUUCAAGAACCUAGUCUCGUUUGUGAAGCAGGUCCAGAAAGUCACCCAGGAUAUCCGAGCGCAGAUAGAAUCUCUCGGGAUAUUCAACUUGUUCUACCUCCACCCACCUGUUUCCGAGCCGGUUCGCCCCAACUGUAAGGAAUUCUUUGCCUACAUGGAAAAAAAUCGUGAUGAGAAAAUGAUGCAGAUGGUGAAGAUAUAUGGUGGUGUGGGCCCAGUCCUCAUGAAGCUGGAAGUGUUAGUGUUGUACACAAACACAGGAACAUGUCCACUAAUGGAAAUGUAUUAUGAUUAUUGGGAAGAUAAAAUUUUCACUACUCUCGUCAGGUUGAUGCUGGUCAACAUUAAGAACUUCAACAGUUUCUUGAAUGGGAAAGUUGCACUCUUCCAAGUGGACACGUUGCUCUCGGAUCUAGAAGUGGUGGUUCGUCCCACCCCUCUCGAUAUACACAACACCAUAGUUGGUUCUGUCCGCAACUUGUUCUUUGUGUUGAAGUCAUUGCCGAGAUGGAUGAAAGGAACAUGUUUGGAAUGUGCGCCAGUCAAAUCCAGAGACUCUGAAGAGUUAUAUGUGUUUUCUUUUUUGGAAGAUGUUGUCAGAACUCAAGCGGUUAAUGACAUGGUUGUGAAAAUUAUGGACUCUGUCCAGAAACUCAUUUCGGAUAUCCUGAAAUAUUUGCAAAGAUGGCAGAAGUACAGAGCUCUGUGGUCGUUUGACAAGGAUGCUGCUUGUGAUAGGUUUGAUUCUCAAAAACCCACGCUUGUCAUGUAUGACGAGAAGUUGUCUUAUUUUGGAGAAGUAAUUGAAACGAUAGAAAAAAUUGAAAAGUUCCACGAUGUAUGCUGUGUGAGGGUGAACUGUGUACCUCUGAUCGAUUCCAUCAAGGAACACUGUAUGGGAUGGAAGAAAUGCUUGGCUGAGCGCCUCGCUGCUAACACUAAAGAAAAGAUGGAAGCAUUUAUAAUGACAAUGCAGGAGCUUUACGACGAUGUACAGCAGCCCAUCGAAGCGCUGAAUUCAUUCAAGUUUGUUCUUCAGACGAUCACUACGAUACAAAAGAUGUCGAUCAGUGCAGAGCUCACGUACAAUGACAUAUGUGAGAGAUAUCGCACACUUCGCUUGCAUGGAGUGCAUGCUGAUGAAGAAGACGAAAAACUCGCUGCGGGCUUGGAGGAAGAGUGGAAAGCCCUGUACCUGUUGGCGCUAGCCCGCAUGUUCUCACUGGAACCCACGAAGGAGCGGUUUGCAGCCAUGACCAGGGUCGAGAUCAGCGACUUUGUCGCCUACAUCAAGGAGUUUGUUGAACGCUUCAACACAGAAGGUCCCGUUGCUGUGGGGAACGAUCUGGAUCGCGGAGUUACGCUGAUUAAAGAGUACCAGCCAGAAUUUAUUCGUUUGGAUGACAAACGGAGAGAUCUGCAGAACGCAGAAGUAUUAUUUGAUAUACCACCAGCAGAUUAUUCCGACUUUCUUAAGGCUUUGACACAAAUGGAGAAUUUGGAAAAGCUGUUUGACCUGUACACUAGACAAAAGAUUGCCCGAGAGGAGUGGGCCAAGACGCUGUGGGUAAACCUGAAUCCCAAGGCCCUUCAGGACGGGAUUGACACCUUCCUGCGUGAGUUCCGUCGGUUGCAUGCCGAUGCUCGACAGAUGCUGGUUGGCCAGGUUCUCGAUGAAAACAUGAAGGAUUUCAAGAGAACCGUACCUUUGUUUGUUCAGCUGAAGAGUGAGGCGUUGAGGCCUCGCCACUGGGAAGAGCUGAUGAACCGGACCGGCCAGCACUUCGACAUGUCGGCCGACCGCUUCACGCUGGAGAACAUGUUCGCGAUGGAGCUGCACCGCUUCGAGGACAUCGCCCUGCAGAUCAUCAACAACGCCAUCAAGGAGCUGACCCUGGAGCAGCAGGUGAAGGAGAUUGCGAGCCAGUGGACCUCCAUGGAGUUCGUGGUCAAGAAGUACUCCAGGGGCACCGAGGACCGCGGGUUCAUCCUGGGGCCUCUGGACGAGGUUGUGCCCGUCCUGGAGGAGAACUCCAUGAGCCUGCAGGGAAUGGCCGGCUCCCAGUUUAUAGGACCCUUCUUAGGGCUGGUGCAAACUUGGGAGAAAAAUUUGUCUUUAAUUGGGGAAGUUAUUGAUGCAUGGAUGGAAGUUCAGCGUAGAUGGAUGUAUUUGGAAGGCAUUUUCUUAUCGGGGGAUAUUCGUGCCCAGUUGCCAGACGAAGCAAGGAAAUUCGAUGACAUUGACAAAGAAUUUCGUAAGAUAAUGUUGCUAACAGCAAAGAAUCCAAACGUAAAAGAAAGCUGCCUUCAUCCAGGCCGCAUGGAAGUUUUGAUGGGUCUGCUGGAUGGUUUGGAGCGGUGCCAGAAGUCAUUGAAUGAGUACUUGGACUCAAAGAGGAAUGCUUUCCCCAGAUUUUUCUUCAUUUCUGAUGAUGAGUUGCUGUCUGUCCUCGGCAGCAGUGACCCAGGAUGCAUUCAGGAGCACAUGGUUAAGAUGUUUGAUAACAUCUGCAGCCUAAGGCUCGGUGCCAACGAUCAGAACCGGAAAAUUGCAUCUGCCAUGAACUCUUGCGAGAUGGAGGUGAUGCAGUUUAGACAGCCAGUCUUCACAGAAGGCCGCGUCGAGGAAUGGAUGAACACUGUGCUUGGCGAGAUGCGCAGAACUAACCGUUACAUCACUAAAAAGGCUAUAUAUGAUUACGGGAAGGUGCGGAGACCAAGAACAGAGUGGAUGCUGGACUACCAGGGAAUGGUGUGUUUAGCUGCCAACCAGGUGUGGUGGACAGCAGAGGUAGAGAAUGUGUUUUCCCUGAUCAAGCAGGGAAGGAAGGAGGCCAUGAAGGAAUAUUUGCUCCAGCUGAACAGGCAGCUGGAUGAAUUGGUGUUGCGAGUUAGGUCCGAGCUCACGAAGAAUGAUAGAAGGAAGUUCAACACUGUGCUGAUUAUUGACGUGCAUUCCAGAGACAUCAUUGAAAACUUUGUCAGGGACAAUGUAACUAAUGCACAAGAAUUUGAAUGGGAAAUUCAGUUGAAGUUUUUCUGGAUAAAAGAAGUAGACAACUUGAUCGUGAAACAGUGCACAGGAAGCUUUGAGUACGGAUACGAGUACAUGGGCCUGAAUGGUCGCCUCGUCAUCACACCACUCACGGAUCGCAUCUACCUGACAAUUACACAGGCUCUGUCAAUGCACCUGGGUGGAGCGCCGGCAGGACCGGCUGGUACAGGCAAGACUGAGACGACCAAAGACUUGGCCAAGGCGCUGGGCUUGUUGUGCAUUGUGACCAACUGUGGAGAGGGAAUGGACUUCAGGGCCGUGGGGAAGAUCUUCAGUGGACUUUGUCAGUGCGGAGCCUGGGGGUGUUUUGAUGAAUUCAACCGCAUUGAUAUAUCGGUGUUGUCCGUCAUCUCUACCCAGCUGCAGACCAUACGCAAUGCAUUGAUGUUGAAUGUUAGCCGUUUUAAUUUUGAAGGCCAAGAGAUUGCACUGGAUCCUAAGGUAGGUAUCUUCAUCACCAUGAACCCGGGAUACGCUGGUCGCACGGAACUGCCCGAGUCUGUGAAAGCUCUGUUCCGACCGGUCGUCUGCAUCGUGCCGGACCUCGAGCUCAUCUGCCAGAUCAUGCUCUUCUGCGAAGGAUUCCUGGAUGCUAAGCUGCUGGCCAAGAAAAUGACAGUGCUGUACAAGCAAUCAAAAGAGCAGUUGUCGAGACAGAACCACUACGACUUUGGUCUGCGAGCCAUCAAGUCUGUGCUUGUGAUGGCAGGAGAGCUGAAGAGGAGCACUCCAGACUACUCGGAGCAGCUUGUCCUUAUGAGGGCUCUUAGGGACAUGAACCUUCCAAAAUUUGUUUUUGAUGACGUUCCACUGUUCCUGGGGCUUAUCAAUGAUCUUUUCCCGGGACUGGAUUGUCCUCGUGUUGGCUAUCCUGAUUUCAAUGCUGCUGUGACGAAAGCUUUAAGCGACUCUGGCUAUAUAGUGCUGCCUGAGCAGGUGGAUAAAGUGGUGCAGCUAUACGAGACCAUGAUGACGCGGCACUCAACCAUGAUUGUGGGCCCAUCUGGAGGUGGCAAAACAGUUGUGAUCCAGACGUUGACUAAAGCACAGACGAUCCUUGGACUCCCAACCAAGUUGUUCACUCUGAACCCAAAGGCCUGCUCGGUGAUCGAGCUAUACGGCAUCCUCGACCCCGACACUAGGGACUGGACGGACGGUUUGCUGUCCAACAUCUUCAGAGAGAUAAACAAGCCCUCGGACAAGGAGGAACGCCUGUACAUACUGUUUGAUGGGGACGUGGAUGCCCUGUGGAUAGAGAACAUGAAUUCUGUGAUGGAUGACAACAGGCUGCUUACGCUGUCUAACGGCGAGCGCAUAAGACUCCAACCACACUGUGCUAUGCUGUUUGAGGUGGGGGACCUGAGGUACGCCUCCCCUGCGACGGUCUCGCGCGCGGGGAUGGUGUACGUGGACCCCAAGAACCUGGGCUAUGAGCCGUACUGGCAGCGCUGGCUCGCGUCCCGCCGGUCGGCGGACGAGCGGGUGCUCCUGGCGAAGCUGUACGAGCAGUACGUGCCGGGGAUGUUGAGCUUCAUCAUCGACGGCCUGAUCGGCACGAUGCAGCUGGUGCCACUGGAGACCGUCGUCCCGCAGACUGAUCUCAACAUGGUGACCCAGCUGUGCUUCAUGCUGGACGCCAUGGUGCCGCAGCCGGAGGACGGGGAGGCAGGGGACCCCGUCUCGCCGGAGCUCAUCGAGAGCGUGUUCCUGCAGUCGCUGUACUGCUCCUUGGGGGCGUCGCUGCUCGCCGAGGGCCGCCUGCUGUUCGACGAGCAAGUCAAGAAGCAGUGCGGCCUGCUGCCGUUCGAGGACUCCCGGGAGAACAUGUGCAGGGCUCGUAACAUCCCAUCCACCUAUCCUACACUCUACGACUAUUACUUGGACGUCGAGAAGAAGCUGUGGGUGGCGUGGAGCUGGAUGAUGCCACCGUACGUGCACGACUUCAGUCGCAAGUUCAACGAGAUCCUGGUGCCGACGGUGGACACUGUCCGGACUUCGUGGCUGCUGAAGGUCAUGAACGAGGUUAAAAGGCCAGUUGCCCUGGUUGGGGAAACAGGUACAUCUAAAACUGCAAUAAUUCAAGAUUUUCUUAGACAGCUGGAUGACACUUACAUGGUUCUCAAUAUCAACUUCUCGUCUCGCACCAAUUCAAUGGACGUUCAAAGAAACUUGGAGUCAUCAUUAGAAAAAAGAACAAAAGAUAUGUAUGGACCUCCAAUAGGAAAAAAACUGAUUUGUUUUAUUGAUGACUUAAACAUGCCACAGGUAGACACUUACGGUACCCAGCAGCCUAUUGCACUUUUGAAACUAUUAUUCGAGAAGGGUGGUUUUUACGACAGAGGAAAGGACCUGAAUUGGAAAACAGUUAAAGACAUUGGCUUCUUUGCUGCGAUGGGCAAAGCUGGUGGGGGUCGCAACGCAGUAGACCCACGCUUUAUAUCUAUGUUCAGUGUGUUCAACCUCAUAUUUCCUUCCGACGAGACUCUGGAACACAUAUACACUUCCAUAUUGGCAGGCCACACCCAGAAUUUUGCACCAGAGAUCCAAGCUCUGGUCUCCACCAUUGUAGAUGUGACUCUUAAGUUGUACAAAGUGAUUAUAAUCGACCUCCCACCCACGCCGUCCAGGUUUCACUACAUUUUCAACUUGCGAGACUUGUCGCGGAUAUGCGCUGGCAUGUGCCUCACGUCUUCCACGUACUUCACACUCCCGGAGCAGUUCGUGCGUGUGUGGAGGAAUGAAUUUGUCAGAGUCAUUUGUGAUCGUCUUAUCAGCUAUGAGGAUAGAGAUCACAUGUCGCAGAACAUUGUAGAAGUGGUCACUUCACAAUUCCCAGAGCAAGCGGAAUACGCCUUGCGAAACCCUCUGUUGUUCGGGGACUACCGCAAUGCCCUCCGGGAGGACGAAGAGCGUUUGUAUGAGGACCUCCUUGACUACCAAGCCAUCAGCCUUCUCUUCAAGGAGAUCCUGAGCGAGUACAACGAGAACCAGACGCUGGAGCUGGUGUUGUUCGAGGACGCGCUGGACCACCUGACGAGGCUCCACCGCGUCCUGCGCAUGCACCGCGGCCACAUGCUCAUCGUGGGCGUGGGCGGCUGCGGCAAGCAGUCCCUCACCAGGCUGGCCGCCUUCACCGCAGGCUGCACCAUGUUCGAGAUCAGCCUGAGCCGAGGCUACAACGAGUCCAGCUUCAAGGACGACCUGAAGAAGCUGUACUACCAGCUGGGCGUGGAGCGGAAGCCGACAGCGUUCCUGUUCACCGACGCCCAGAUCGUUGAGGACGGCUUCCUAGAGCUGAUCAACAACAUCCUCACGGCCGGCAUGGUGCCUGCCCUGUUCGCGGAAGACGAGAAGGACCAGAUAGUGGGUGACGUCCGCUCUGCGGCAGUCGAAGCCGGCACCUCUGUCACAAAGGACGCGGUGUGGCAGUUCUUUAUUGACACAUGCACGGACAACCUGCACGUCGUGCUUGCCAUGUCCCCGAUGGGGGAUGCCCUCCGGGAGAGGUGCCGCAACUUCCCGGGACUCGUCAACAACACCUGUGUCAACUGGUUCUUCCCGUGGCCGGAGGAGGCACUGGUGGCUGUUGCCAAAGAGUUCCUGUGGGAUAACCCUGACAUUCCAGAGGAUCACAGGAUUGGUAUUGUGAAACACGUUGUGUACGUCCACGGAACUAUUCGAGAUUACUCUUUGGAAUUCUUCCUGAGGUUAAGGAGGCAUAACUAUGUCACACCCAGACAUUUUUUGGAUUUCAUCGCUUCCUAUCUCAAGUUACUUAAGGAAAAAGAUAAUUUCAUAGUCACACAGUGUGAAAGAUUGGCUGGAGGCCUAACAAAAAUUGCAGAGGCCUCGGAAGAGUUAAAGGUGUUGAAUGAAAAGCUGGCUGUACAAGAGGUAGUUCUCGCUGAGAAAACUCGAGCUUGCGAGAAGUUACUUCAAGAUAUUGAGGAAGGAAAGAAAUCUGCCACUGAAAAGAAGCAGAUUGCAACUGUUUCGAGCAUCCAGAUAGAAGAGCAGAGAAAAGUGAUAACUGUGGAGAAAGCAGAGGCAGAGAAAGCACUCGAAGAAGCUCUACCGAUGCUACACCAAGCAAAACAGGCACUUAGUGAAUUGGAUAAAGCUGACAUUACUGAGAUCAGAUCGUUCUCGUCGCCUCACGAGGCGGUGCAGGUGGUGGGCGAGUGCGUGGCGAUCCUGAUGGGGCUCAAGGAGAUCAGCUGGAGGACGGCCAAGGGGAUGAUGGCGGACCCCGGCUUCCUGAAGACCCUCCUCGAAGUGAAGGUGGACAACAUAUCUCCCGCUCAGAUCAGGGCCGUCAAGGCGCACAUGAAGAAGACCACUAAGCUGGGAGAUAUGGCGGGUGUGAGCAAAGCUGGCUUCGGCCUGCUGAAGUAUGUGGAGGCAGCCCUGGGGUUCUGGUACGCCGCUCGUGAUGUGAAGCCUAAGGAACAGCGCGUUGCCUUCCUGAUGGAAACACUGUCUGAUAUGGAGAGGAAGCUGGGACAGCUGAAUCAAGAGAUCGAAAACCUGGAGAAGACACUGAGCGAGCUGGAGAUCCAGUACAGGGAUGCGGUGGAGAGUCGCCAGGUGCUGCAGGACGAGAACGAUCUCAUGGAGAAACGUCUGAUAGCAGCCGACAAGCUCUUAUCCGGCCUGGGCUCAGAAAGCAUUAGAUGGGAGAAGGACCUAGCCAACUUGAAAACGGAGCAAAAGCGGUUGGUGGGAAACUGUCUACUGUGCUCUGCAUUCCUGAGCUACACUGGGCCCUUCAGCUGGGAGUUCCGCCGAAGGAUGGUGUAUGACGACUGGUUGGAGGACAUAAAGACCAAGGCCAUCCCCAUCACCUUGCCGUUCACGCUGGACGAACACCUGUCUGACAGUGUCGAAAUCAGCACGUGGAAUUCUGAAGGACUGCCACCAGAUGAAUUGUCUGUACAAAAUGGUAUCCUGACCACUCAGGCUAGCCGUUUCCCUCUGUGCAUUGACCCACAGCAACAAGCAUUGACGUGGAUCAAAAGACGUGAAGCCAAAAAUUUUUUGAAGACUUUAUCAUUCUCUGAUCGAGAUUUCCUGAGGCAUCUUGAAAUUGCAGUCACCAAUGGUAUCCCGGUCCUCUUCCAAGACAUUGACGAUUCUAUUGAUCCAGUUAUUGACAAUGUACUUCAAAAAAACAUACAACAUCAAAGUGGCAGAAUAUUUGUAGUCCUUGGAGACAAAGAGGUUGACUAUAAUGAUAAAUUUCGAUUGUAUCUGACUACCAAGGUGUCGAACCCAAAGUUUGACCCAGCUGUGUAUGCAAAAGCCACAGUGAUAAAUUAUACAGUCACAGCAUCGGGGCUGGAGGACCAGCUGCUGAGCGUGGUGGUGGGCCACGAGCGGGCGGACCUGGAGAGCGAGCGCGAGGAGCUCAUCGUGCAGACCAGCGAGAACAAGACCCUGCUGAAGGUGCUGGAGGACUCCCUGCUCAUGGGGCUGGCCACCACCACUGGCAACAUGCUGGACAACGUGGAGCUCGUGCGCACCCUCGACGACACCAAGGAGAAGGCAGGGGAGGUGAUGCAGAAGCUGGAGCAGGCUGCAAAGACAGCAGCAGACAUCGACAAGUUGCGGGAGGGGUACCGGCCGGCCGCCAAGCGGGGCGCGAUCCUGUUCUUCGUGCUCUCCGACCUGGCCACGGUGAGCCCGAUGUACCAGUACUCCCUGUCCGCCUACCUCGGCGUCUUCACCUUCUCCCUGGACCGCGCCAAUCCCGACAGCAUCCUGGACCGGCGCCUCAGGAACAUCAUCUCCAUGCUCACCACUAACUUUUACAACUAUGGCUGUACAGGCAUCUUCGAAAAACACAAACUCCUGUUCUCGUUCCAAAUGACAAUCAAGCUACAGCAGAGCAUCGGAAAAGUGAAGCAAGAGGAACUUGACUUCUUUAUUAAGGGCAACGUAAGCUUGGAAAAAUCUGAUAAACCUUCCCCAGGACGUUGGAUUUCCAGCCAGGGCUGGGAAGACAUAGUCAAGUUAAGCACAGAUUUUCCAGAAACAUUUGGAGCUUUGCACAAUGAAAUUUCAUCUCAUGUGGAUGAAUGGAAACAGUGGUACGACCUGGAUGUGCCGGAGUUGGCCGAACUGCCGCGGGACUACAGCACCAAGGUGAACAAGUUUGAGCUGCUGAUGCUGCUGCGGUGCUUUAGAGUGGACCGCAUAUACAUGGCGGUCACGAAUUACAUCGUCGACAUUCUCGGGGAGCAGUACAUCACGCCUCCCGUCAUCAGUUUGAACAACAUCUAUGAGCAGAGCACCCCUACAACACCUGUGGUGUUUAUACUCAGUCCUGGCUCAGAUCCGACAAGUGACCUUAUGAAACUAGCUGAUUCCACUGGUGGUGGGGUGAAGUUUCGGCACUUGUCUUUGGGCCAAGGUCAAGAAGAGGCUGCGGUACGUCUGCUGGAGACAGCCAUUGUUCGCGGCCACUGGCUGAUGCUCCAGAACUGCCACUUGCUCCUGAGGUUUGUCCGCGACCUCGAGAAGCUACUGGAGAGCAUCGCUGAUCCUCAUCAGGACUUCCGACUCUGGCUGACGACCGACCCCAGCCCGGAUUUCCCCAUUGGGAUCUUGCAGCGCUCUCUGAAAGUUGUUAUGGAACCACCCAAUGGCUUGAAACUGAAUCUGCGGAGCACAUUUCAUAAAAUACCUCCGGAUGGUCUGGACAGGUGUUACCAUCCUUUCUACAAGCCCCUUGUGUAUGUUCUGGCAUUCUUCCAUGCUGUAGUGCAGGAAAGACGAAAAUAUGAGAAAAUUGGCUGGAACAUUAACUAUGACUUCAAUGAAUCAGAUUUCAAUGUAUGCAUGGACAUAUUGGACACAUACCUCACCAAAGCACUGAAGGCCAAUGAUCCUCACAUUCCGUGGGGGAGCCUCAAGUAUUUAAUUGGUGAGGUUAUGUAUGGUGGUAGAGUCAUUGAUGACUUUGAUCGCAGAAUUGUCCAAACAUACAUGGAGGAAUACAUGGGAGACUUCCUGUUCGAUGAGUUCCAACCAUUUCAUUUCUACCAUGAUCAAGCUAUUGACUAUGUGAUACCCCAAGCUUCAAACAAAGAGGAAUACUUGCGGGCCAUUGAUGCCCUGCCGUUGGUAAACUCGCCGGAAGUGUUCGGCCUGCACCCAAAUGCAGAGAUUGGUUACUUCACACAAGCUGUCAAAUCAAUGUGGGCCUAUUUGGUGGAGCUGCAACCACAAACAGGGGCGGUCACUGGUGGAAUAAGUCGUGAUGAAUUCAUAGACGGAGUUGCUAAAGAUAUACUGGAGAAGAUCCCGCCACUGUUCGACUUAGCAAAAGUGCGCAGGACUUUUCAAGCGAAUAUCUCGCCAACGGUUGUGGUGCUGCUUCAAGAACUGGAAAGGUUCAACAAGCUGAUGGAGCACAUGAAGACCUCACUCGAUCUUCUGAGAAAGGCUCUGGUCGGGGAGAUAGGCAUGGACGCGACGCUGGACAAGGUGGCAUACUCGCUGUUCAACGGCCAGCUGCCAGAGGGCUGGCGGAGGCUGUCGCCCGCCACGCGCAAGACGCUCGGCGGCUGGAUGGAGCACUUCAAGGGGCGCUUCGCCCAGUACAGCGCGUGGUGCCUCAGCGGGGAGCCCAUGGUGAUCUGGCUGUCGGGCCUGCACAUCCCCGAGUCCUACCUCACGGCCCUGGUGCAGAUGGCCUGCCGCAGGAACGGCUGGUCGCUGGACCGCUCCACCCUCUACACCAGCGUGUCGGCGUUCCACCACCCGGAGGACGUGGAGCAGAGACCUGAUGUGGGUUGCUAUGCGUAUGGAAUGUUUCUGGAGGGUGCACGUUGGGAUGAUGAGAACAUGUGCCUCGCUAGGUCACAUCCGAAAAUUCUUAUUGAAGAGCUGCCAAUCCUGCAGAUCACACCAGUGGAAGUUCACAGACUGCGCCUCCAGAAAACACUAAGAACACCAGUGUACACAACAUCUGAUCGACGUAAUGCAAUGGGUGUGGGACUGGUGUUUGAAGCAGACCUGAAAACCACCGUACACAAUAGCCACUGGAUCCUGCAAGGACUGUGUCUCACGCUGAACACCGACUGAUUGUCACAUUUUGUUUUCGCAGUCAUGUGUGUUCCAAUGUUAUGUUAUGUUAUGCUAGUAAUAUAAAAUCUUUCAAAGUCUAACUGAAUUAGAAAUUUGUUGUGAUGCUUUCUAUUUAUUAUUCUUUGAAACUCCACUGGCUGGUUUAGACUAUUUUUUUAUUGUGGAUUAUGUUUGUGUUCUGUGAGUGUCAAAUAAGAUAUUUAAUGAAUAUGUACUUGUUUUAGAAAUAAUAAUAAUAUUGAUUAAUUUAUUUGAUACUGUGAUUCUUAGUAAUAUCUUUGAACAUAUAUACUGUAUAGAAGUCGCGAGUGGAUAGGAUUUACUCUACGUUUUUCAGAAGCUUAUGAUGAGCAGCUUGGGAACUUCACCGCUGCAGUGCGCUACUGUAACGCCCUGUAUCGUCUUAGUUGUUAUUUACACGUUAGAGCGCAGCGCUGUCGCCCGCUGUCAUUCCCCGCACCCCUCAUCCAUCAUUCACUGCAGCUCAAGGUCGUUCAACGGGAGGGGGAAGGGGUGUUUGAAGAGUUCGAGACUUGUCCGCUAGGGACCACCACAAGUCGAUGCCCUAGAGAUGGUGGCGAUUGCGGCGGUGAAUUAACCAACUACCUCAAAACCGUAUUAGAAAUUUUAACCUGGGCUGGCGACUUCUAUACAGUAUAUAUAUUCAAAGGUAAUAUAAGAUGAAUGUGGUGACAGUGUUACAAACUAUGAUGGAAAAUGCACAAUAGUGUAAGACCUUUUAUCUGGGUAUCCAGAUACUUAAGUGGUCCAUUACUAGUGAUGUAUGUUUUACUUUUUUCACGGUUCUUGGUUCGGUUUCGGUUGUUAAAAAUUGGUUCUCGGUCCAGGUUUAAUAUCAUUUAUCAGCACCCCACUUUACCGUAAUCUGACCAAACACAAGUUACCUAGCCCUAGAUAAUAGUUGCUUCACAUCUCACUAGACGGCUGGAGCAGCAUUGUACCGACACCCUAUGGCACAGCAACUAGUAUACGUAUUAACAACUUUUUAUUUAUUUAAAUUGAUUGAAAAAAAUGUAAACCAAUAUUUACAAAAGAUUAAGUAAAUCAUGACAUAAAGAAUAAAAAUUUAAUACUGCAGAAACAACACACCAAAGCAACUGCAAGUUAUGAAUUAUAAUGGGUGAGGGAUGCAACCCCCAUAUUAAAAGAGGCCUUUUAACUUUUAGUGGAAAUGGUCAUCACUGUCUUCUUGUAGAAAAGAGGAACAAAAAUAGUCUGGAUCUUGGCACAAAGAACACUUUUGUUUACAUUGGGACUUCCUGCCAGCGAUGUCUUUUUGUCACUUGGGGCUUAAAGAGAAGUUAAAAAGAUGUGUGCAUGUUUGUCGCAGACAAGAUACCACAGUGUUAUAACUAAAGUCUAUUUUCAUGAGGAAAAUGUUUAGCUGGAUAUAUUUGAGAUUCACGGUACCGGUUAAUUUUCCGAACCCGAGAACCUGAAUACACACAGCACUAGUCAAUACCAUAUCCAGCCCUUGAAUUGCCACUUGGCCACUAAAAUAUGUGUUCAAUCAAAUUUUAGAUGCCCAUAAAAAUGGCACAAAAGGGUGAAAGUGGAUAUAAAUCAUUUCUGCUAGUUUAGGUAACCAUUUGAUUUUUAUCACUUUUUCUAAAUGAAGAUUGUAAAUGGUUUGAUUAUAUUAAUGCUUGAGCAAAAUGUUUUAGUUAAUACAUGUAUUUUACCAUAUUUUUAUUGUAUAAAAUUGACAAAACUUCCUUUAGAUAAAAACUGAGGUUUUUUAUUCUUCAUUACUGUUAAAGCAUCUAUGUGCAGAUGCAGAAGUGAUUUUUCUAAAUGUGCACAUUGUUUAUUGAAUUUCCAAAGUAUUACAAACUUUAUGGACUAGUUUUGAGGUUUUCUGCUAGCACAGGGUGUAAACCUAAUUAUAAAUAGCUACCUUUUAAUUUUUUUGAAUCAUUGUAUAAAAUUUUCAUUAUUUACUUAGUAUAACCAGAUAUCUGUCUUAGUAUUUGAGUACAACCAAUGUUAUUGCAUUUAAUUAUGUAAACACUAUUUCACUUUCAAAAUUUUUUUUGUGACCUAACAUCUAAUCAGUUUUAGUUCUUGUAGCAUGGUAUAGUACAUAUUUUUGAAGAGGAUGGUGUACCUAGCAUCUGUAACUGUCAUAUUUGUUGGUUUUAUAAAAUGUAAGAUUCCCUUGAAUGAUUAAAAUAAGUGUGCAAAAAGUUAUGUAAAUGAAAAUAAUAAAAAAAAAAAAAAUGGAUGACCAUUGACCAUCAUUGCUAUUAGAUAAAUUAUAUUUGUGUCAAAUAAUAAAGAUAAAACGCA